CACUGUAUUUGGUAGUUAUGGUUACGACAGGCAUUGCAGGUUAGUAAAAACAGUGGCUUGUUUUGGUCCGAUUUGCUAGCGAUAACACUUUUGCUAAAUUCAGAUGUAGCUUUAUAAAUCAAAAGCUGCGGUUAUACUGUGACUUAAAUGGCUUCAGCUGCACACGAAGAGUUUGAACUCGGCAAGAAACACGAAGAGAUAUUGGAGAAAAGAGCAUUAUUGUUACAGCAGAUGGCAGCACUGUAUGAACAGCAGAGAGCUAAGAAGAAACAACAAUGUCUGACGUCUCAAGCUGCACACAAGAGGAAUGCUCAGAUACUUAAGGACUUGGAGAAUGUUGAAAAAAAUCUUCAUACGAGACAGCUCCUUCAUCCGGAUGUUAUCCACCUUGAGACUCGCUAUUGGGCCUCAGUUGAACAGAAACUGCCAGAAUGGGAGCAGUAUUUGUUGAGUAAAGAACAGGUCCCAGUGAGUGAGACGGGAACAUCAUUUGGACAACAGAGACUGAGAUCUGGCCAACAACAUCCCUCACCUGCACAUGGCAGGGGUCAAAGUUCCUGCAGAAGCCUUUCCCGCAUGUUCCACAGCUGUAGAUGGAACAGAAAUCCAGACAUGUCAUCGAGUGGGCAGGCUGAACGGUGAAGAUGCAUAAAUGGACCUUACAUUUCAGCAUGAGCAAAGUCUGCAUAGCUGACUAAAUAGCUGCUAUUUUCUUUACGCUAAAAUGACUUGUAUUCGGUUAAUUUUCAGUGAAUAUCUCAAUUUUGAAUUGCUUGCUGUGUGUGUGACUAAUUGCAUUGUUUAUGGAACAUAUUUACAAUGAUAUUUACUUGUAAUAUUUACAACAAAUACCCUGUAAUGUAAAGUGUUGUCCUGCCACAUGCAGCGGUCAAUAUUCUCAGCCUAAUUACUGAAUGCUCAUUAAGUGCACACAUGCCAUUUUCUGUGACCUCUUUUAAUUAAAACAAACUUUGACAUUUUACAGAUUUAAUUUGACAUUUAAUAAGAGUUAAAGCGAUAGCUUGUAAAUGAUACAAGUUACCAUGAAAUAAUUGAAAAGCUUGUGUCCAACACCUAUGUGUUUUGCUUACUGAUAAUGGUGACACCUGUGAAUUUAGCAUCUUUUUAAUUUCAUGUAAUCUUGAGGAUGACAUGAGGAGGAAGUGAUGUAACACUUAAUUGUAAGACUUGCAGAACAGGAGAGAUAAAUAGAUGUUCAGUAAUAUGCUACCACACCUCCACAGACACAUUCUGUGACACAUCAUGGCAGGAUCCCACCCUUAGGUGUAUUAAGGGACAGAUUCAAUAAGGAGUUCUCAAUCCAUCUGUUCUCAGAACAGUGAGAGUCAGGAUGAAAAAUACAGAUUUAAUUGUUCGCUCUGACCUGAGGAUAUAUUUAGGAGUGAAGAAUCAUUGAUUAGUUAUCUUCUAAAAGUCAUAUGUGUGUCAUCAAAGAAAUCUUUAAAAGACUGUUUUUAACCAUAACCUCAAAACAGUUCACCCAAAAAUAUAAAUUCUGUCAUCAUUUAUUCACACUGAUGUUGAUCAAAAUCUGUAUAUUAAUCUUUUUUCUGUGGAACAUAAAGAAUAAUGUCUCAGUGGUUUUGUGUCCAAACAGUCAAUAGGAGCCGAUGUUGUUUGUUUACCAAUGUUCUUCAAAAUAUAUUAUUUUGUGUUCUGCAAAAGAAAAAAUGUCAUACAGGUUUGAAAUGACAAGAGGGUGAGUAAAUUAUGACAGAAUUUUCAUUUUUUGAUGAACUUUUCCUUGAAGCGUUGCAAAUAAUGUAAACAAAUAAGUAUAUGUUUAAAUUUAAGCUUCUCCAAAAAUAUAUUUUAGUGCUUGUUGAAUUAUUUUAAAAUGAAUAGUUUUUAAUAAAUGUUCGGUGAGCCUAAGGUG